UCGGCGACGGCGAGUCACCGCCAUGCCGCACGAGAACGUGACGUGAGGGCCGCCGUCGCCGCGCCCGUCCAAUCCCAACGCGCGCCCCACACGGCCGCCCUCCACCGUAGGCGAGCCCAUCCACCCGCGGGGCCCUUAAAAGCAGCGCACAUGCUUCCUCCAACGCCGCAACAGCAGCAGCAUCUAGCGAGCCAGGUCCCCUCACCACCUCCACCUCACCUUGUGCAAGCUGAUCAGCUCCUCCGGAUCACACUCGCCUCUGCUCUGCAGGCAGCCAUGCUCGUGAGGAGCGCCUCCACGCCGGUCCUCGGCGCGCUCCUCCCGCCGGGCUCCCAGUCGCCGGCGGUCACCUCGCCGGCCGUCCACUUCGCCGAGUCGCCGGCGGCGGCCUACCACCCGCCAGCCAUCUCCUGCCACCUCGCGGGCUCCGGAUCCGACCACGAGCGCUCGCGCGGGCUCGCCGCCGGCAUGCGCCGCACCAGCUCGGAGGGCAACCUGGCCUCCCUGUCCCUGGCCGGCCGCGCGGACGACCACCAUCACCACCACCUCCCGCCGUCCGGCAAGUGCGCGCCGCGGCCGCGGCCGGUGCCGCUCGAGACCAUCGAGUCGUUCACGGACCGGCGGGCGUCCACGGACGACGAAUACGACGACGAGGAGGACGGCGGCGACGGUUUCGAGGCGGACCGCGAGAUGAGCUUCGAGCACUUCAGCUUUCUCGGCGGCAGCACGUACUCGCAGGAGCACCCGCUGUUCCUGGCCAGGGGCCUCGGGAUCGACCGCCUCGGCUCGGGCCUCCUGGGCGCCGACGGCGGCGGCGGCGGGUUCGGUGGCAGCAACCUGGUCACGUCUGGCAACGGAGGGGACCGGUCCGGCAUCGAGAUGCAUUACAAGAAGAUGAUCGAGGAGGACCCCUGCAACGGCCUCUUCUUGAGGAACUACGCGCAGUUCCUGUACCAGGUGAAGGGGGAUUGCCGGAGGGCAGAGGAGUACUACUCCCGCGCGAUCCUCGCCGACCCUGACGACGGCGAGCUCCUCUCGGAGUACGCCAAGCUGGUCUGGGACGUGCCCCGCGACAAGGAGCGCGCCUCCAGCUACUUCGAGCGGGCAGCGAGGGCUUCCCCGGAGAACAGCCACGUCCUCGCCGCGCAGGCUGCGUUCCUGUGGGACACGGACGACGCCGGCGAGCCUGAAGACAGCGGCAGCGGCGCGCUCGGCUACGUGGGGUUUGCUCCCGCGCAUUCAUCUCUGGCUUCGGCAGCAAUAUGAUUUGAACAGCCUCUCUGUCUGUCCCUGAAUGAAGAUGGCUAGUAGCUUGAUAAUAAUAAUACUAGUGAACAUAGGCUGGUGCAGCUGCAGCAUAUGUGUACUUGUUUAUUUAGCUUUCAACAAUGAGCAAGGAGAUCCCAGAUUUCAGCUAAAUUUCUGUAUCCUCAAGUGAAGAAGAUGCAGAGCUAGCCUGCUGCUAUAAACAGAAUAAACAGUCGAAUGGAGGUGUAGCCAUGAGAUGAUUAGACUGCG